CUAAGCUCAAGCUUAAAUAAAACCCUCAGGUGUUUGCAUCAGAUUCAUGUUCCUGGUGGUCUUUUCAGGAUCUUGUGAUCAAGACCCUUGUGCAAGCGGUUACUAUUAGUGGUCUCGGGCGACUACAGGUGGCUCCGAAGCCCCAGGAUUGAACCUGACAACGAGGGAUCUGCUGAGGAACGCUGUGACUUAGGACGUCCAUUGGGCCAAAAAGAAAGCACAUCGGUGAUCGCCCAUCAGCGAGAGUGCAAGGAUACCUGGAAGAGUUGGGCAUUCUACUCGGGUCUGCACCCUGCCGUCUCAGGUUAUUUUGAUCCACUGUUGUUGUCACUCAGUGGGCGGAGUGUGUGCCUGUCUAGCUCUGUUCUUCACUAUGGCUUCUCACAAGACCUUCAGGAUCAAGAGAUUCCUGGCUAAGAAACAAAAACAAAAUCGUCCCAUUCCUCAGUGGAUUCAGAUGAAAACUGGCAAUAAAAUCAUGUACAACUCCAAGCGGAGACAUUGGCGACGAACCAAACUGGGUCUAUAAGGAACCAUAUUUAUGCUUGCUGUGUCAAGUUUAAAACAUUACUACUGUCUGAAAAGCUGAGUGUUUUGGGAGAAUAGGAGUUUUCUUAGUUUCUGUGCUCUUGUAGGUUCAUUCAUAUUUCAGUAAUAAACAUGUGAAACCUUU